GUUGCCAUUCCCGCAAAGCUACUCCCCAGGCUGUUAGACUUGAUGCUUGACACGGGUGCGGUAGCUGCAGUGGCAUCCUUGACCGGGUCUGCGUGCUAUCGCUCUGCAAACAAGGUGUGUUCGAACUUGGGUAGCGUAGCAGCGCGCAAGUCGCCGGCUGAUUUGAGGCGCUUCAACGAGCAAAUGAUACCCGCGCUGGUACUCGUCAUCUUGGAGGGCCAUCAAGACGACGAAAUUGUCCGCCUGUGUCGAAUGGGCGUUCUUGCCUACUGUACGAGCGUGCUUGCCCCCGGCCUGCCCACGUUCCGGCUGGCAAUAGCGCAGAACAGUCUGAGCAAAGAGCUUUUUGUGAGUUACGAUUGGGGGAACAACGCUGCAAGGAUUGCUGGUGCGAACACGCCGGGGACAAAGAAAGGGCUCCAGCACAUGAUACUUGACUUGCAACCAAGGCAUCACUCUGUGGAGGUUCUUGACGUCAUCAAGGACGAACUUCAGAGACUAGCAUUGUACUACAAGCACUGCCAGGGCUCGUUCACCGGCAAUCCACCUGGAGAAACUGCGCAAGACUUGCUUAAGGCGCAAUAUCCUGGAGAAAGGUGUAGUGUGUGCCAGAACCUUGAAACCACAAAAGGACUGUCAAUGCCGGCCAAACGCUUCAAGGACUCCAGUGGUUUCGGGCGGUCUAGCUAG